UAAAUAAUUAAAACUACAAAUCAAAUCCAAAUCAAUAACGACUCACUGGCAGAAAAUAACUGGAGACAUGUCAAGGAGCGUCACCAAGCGAUCAACACCUCAUGAGUAUCUGAAGGAGACUGAAGUUAUCGAGAUAAACAACUAAUCGUUUCUCAGAAUAAUGUCGUAAACAUCCGGCAAUUUUUCCGUAUCUUUCUGUAAAUUGAUGGUGUUCGAAUGUCUUUUAAUGAAGAACAUCUCAGCAACUUCCCUCCUUCUUCUAUUACUCUCCUGAUGCACGAUCUUAGUGUUGCACCAAUUAAACUCGUGGCCACAAUUCAACCGAUGCUUACUUACUACCGAAAGACAGUCAUCACUCUUCGAAAUAUUCAAUCUGUGCUCCUUAACACGCGUUUUCAGAUGUCUUUUUGUCUGCCCUAUAUAACAAACAUCGCAGUCAAUACAUUCCAUUUUGUAUACUACACCCAUAUGUUGGUCAUUCGUUAAAAACUCUCCCCAGUUUUAUGACACAAUUAAGCUUCUUGAGUAUAGUAUAAACACAAUCAAUAUUGCUGCGCUUUAAAAUCCGACUUAAAUUUUCACUCAACCCUUUUACAUAUGGAAUCGUUAAGGAAUUCUUCUUAGCCGCUGUGUCAUUAUUAAAAUCGUUCUCUUUCUUAUUACAUUUAAUGGUUGUCAGUCUGUCACUAAUAUAUUUGUUUAUAAAUUCCACCGGAUAACAAUUAUUACACAGAAUUGUCUUAACAGUCUCAAUAUUUGAAGAGUGAAACCUCGGAUCUGACAACAAUACAGCUCGGUCCACUAAACCUGAUAUAACACUAAUUUUGUGUUUUAAUGGAUGGUUCGAAUAAAAGUUAACAUAUCUGCCUGAAGAAGUAGUCUUCCCGUACCAAUUUGUAAUGAGUUUGCUUUUGUCUCUGAUAACCUGAAUGUCCAAAGAAUUAAUGGAGCCAUUACUUUCCACUUCACUUGUAAAUUUUAGUCUAGGAUGAUAAUUAUUAAAUACGUUUAGAACGUAUUAGAUCUUGUCCUUCGGUAAAAUCAGAAACAUGUCGUCUACGUAUCUAUAAAAAAUAUUAAUUUUAUAGUCUAGCAAAUUCAUGCAGUCAGUUUCUAGAUCAUCUAAGACAAUGUCGGCUAGAACUGGAGACAAAAGCGAACCCAUAGGAUAUAUAUAUAUUUGUGGUUUUAAUUAUUUAAUAUAGUUAUGGAUAUUAUUUGUAAUUUUAGAAAGUAACUGUACACUUUGCACCUGAAGAGGACCUGGGGGCUUAUUACGGUUCUCUGAUUGGGUGAAAAUGACAAAAGUGAGUAAGUCACCCAAUUAUGAUUGAUUUCAUCUCGUGAAAAUACGACAUUACUCGCGUGAGCAAGCUCGACACGAAAUGUCGUGUCGAAAAGACGAAAUCUAGUAAGAGUGACAAAGACAAACUGUCUAUCUUUCAUAUAUUAUACAUUCUGAGAGUCUGACUGUCUUCCGUACACAAUGGAACAUUUAAUAAUUGUUCUAUUUAUGCAAAAUAGAGAGAAUAGAAUGUUGAGGAUACGAAGGCAUUUGCGUGAUAUCUCGGAUCCAUUCAGUAUGCCAGAAAACGAAUUUCGCAGUAUUUACAGGUUAUCGAGGGAAGCUGUACGAACCCUUAUUGAGGAUCUACGACCUCUGCUGUUACCAAAUACAAGACGUCACGCAGUUCCUGUAGAAUUACAGGUUUUAACUACAUUAACUUUUGUAGCUUCCGGCUCUUAUCAAAAGCGAGUUGGUCAAGAUUAUUUGACUUGCAUGAGUCAACCUACAGUUUCAAAAAUUAUACGCAACAUAGUCAAUGCAUUGAAUAUUCUAAUGCGUGACUGGAUCCACUUUCCAAUUGAAGAAGCAGAAAUUCAACAUGUUAAAGAAAUGUUUUGGGCACAUGCGCAAUUUCCUGGAGUUAUUGGAGCAAUAGAUGGAACCCAUGUAGCGAUUGUUCUACCAAAUACAGAGAGAGAACACCUGUAUAUUAAUAGGAAAUUGUAUCAUUCGUUAAAUGUUCUCAUUGUAUCGGAUUAUGAGGCAAAAAUUUUGACUGUAAAUGCUGCACACGGUGGAAGAACGCACGAUGCUAGAGUUUGGAGAGCAUCUCAUGUAUGUAAUCAUCUGCUAGAAAUGUACACUGCAGGACAAAGAGAUGCUUGGCUUUUAGGUGAUAGUGGUUAUCCCUUGUUGCCAUACUUGAUGACACCUAAGUUGAAUGUACCUCAACAUUCACCAUCAGCAAAAUACACACAAUGUCAUGUCCGAGCUCGUUCUUGCAUAGAAAGGUGCAUAGGAGUCUUAAAGGGAAGAUGGCGAUGCCUUAGAAAAGAAAGAGCUCUGCAUUAUACACCAGAAGUUGCAGCCCGUAUAGUUAAUGCUGCAUGCGUUUUGCACAAUAUUGCUCUUCGGUGGAGACUUCCAGAACCGGAACUUUAUUAUGAUGAAAUAGAUCAAGAAGUUCAAAGAAUAAAUGUAGCAAUGGAAGGUGAACAUGAGGUUCGCGAACGGAUUAUUAAUACAUAUUUUCACAAUAGACCAUUGUAACAGUUUUAUUAUUUU